GCUUUUUUCUCCCCUGUGGCUAUGUUGUUUUUUAAAAACAGGAGUGCCUGCUAAAUUCGGAAGCGCACGAGAGAGAGAGUCUUCAAACUUGACCGUUGGUUCUGUGGAAAACCAUGUUGAAACGAGGUCUUAAAUCCGAACCGGUUCCUGGAUCUGCUUCUCGCCGUGAUCCCUGUCGGCGAGACCCACGCCCGGAUCCCCCUCUGAGCUCAGGGCGGCGUAUUCUCCGGGGGCUCCUCCGGAGGGAUGUUUUAUUCGGCAACGCUUUGCUACUCAGGCUGGGCCUGAUGUUUUACGGGCUCUACCAGGACAGAACAAUGCUGGUGAAAUACACAGAUGUCGAUUACCAGGUCUUCACCGACGCCGCCAGAUACGUCACGGAAGGAAAGUCCCCUUACCAGCGGGCUACCUACCGCUACACUCCCCUCCUGGCCUGGAUGUUAACCCCCAACAUUUACGUCAGCCACGUCUUUGGCAAGGUCCUUUUUGUGGCUGGGGAUCUGGUGGCGGCCUUCCUGAUCAACCGAAUCUUGCUCCUCCGAGGGCUGGAUAGCCGGACCGCUGGCGGGUGCUGUGCCUUCUGGCUCUUUAACCCGCUUCCCAUGACGGUGUCCAGCCGAGGCAACGCCGAGUCUCUCAUUGCCAGCCUGGUCCUUGGCACCCUCUAUUACCUGGCCAAGAGGCGCCUAGUGAAGGCGGCUGUGCUUUACGGCCUGGCCGUACAUAUGAAGAUCUACCCCGUGACUUACGCACUGCCUUUUCUCCUCCAUUUGCAACGCAGCCCGGGAGAAACGGAACUGGAGAAGCGGAAAGAGGAGGGAGCUUGCGCCGGGCGCUGCCUCGGGCUGCCUCGGAGCUGCUUCACGCGGGACAUCCUGGUUUUUGCCGCUGUCUCCGGGGCCACCUUUGCCGCCCUGGGUCUCACCUUCUAUGUCUACUACGGCUGGGAAUUCCUGCAGCACACCUACCUCUACCAUUUGUUUCGGAGAGACACCCGCCACAACUUCUCACCCUACUUCUACCUGCUGUAUUUGACGGCCGAAAGCCGCUGGAGUUUGGCGCUGGGGCUGGCCGCCUUCCUGCCCCAGCUGCUGCUGCUCCUCGCCAUCUCCUUCGUCUACCACCGAGACCUGGCUUUCUGCUGCUUCUUGCACACGGCGGUUUUCGUGAGCUUUAACAAAGUCUGCACCUCCCAGUAUUUCCUGUGGUACCUGUCCCUCCUGCCCCUGGUCCUGCCAUUCCUGCGGAUGUCCUGGGGGCGGGGGGCAGCGUUGCUAUCGCUGUGGCUCCUGGGACAGGGCCUUUGGCUGCUUCCCGCUUACUUCCUGGAGUUUCAAGGGCAGAAUACAUUUCUGCUCCUCUGCCUGGCGGGUUUGGCGUUCCUCGCCAUCAACUGCGCCGUCCUCGUUCAGAUGAUUUCUCACUACCGUCCAGAAGAGGCCUCCAGAAAUAAGAAGCAGCUAUAAGUCCGCUUCCCUCUCCAGGCGACGAAGAAGUCAUGUGCCUCUGAGUGGCACCAAGGUGAACAAAUCAUCAUCAUUGAACGCCGGGUGGAGUCUGGGCAACUGUAUGGAGCUAGCAUAGAGCUUACUGGCCAGAUGCCUUUCCUGUUGCCAAUACGGAGUCUUUUCCCCAGCAGAUACAUUCUCAUUAUGCCCAGAGAGAGAAAUAUCCGCUUCUACCAAGGAUCGAACUUUCAGCCUGCAGAUUGUGAGGCGAGAGCUCUACUUCUAGGCCACCACACCACUCAUCUGGUCGAACGAAUGAACGCCAGAAGUAAAGUUGCUCUGAAAAGAGAGGAAUAGAAUUUGGGAAAGGGCAGAGAGAUUGUCCUGCGGUGGCAAAUGGAUCAGUUCUCUCCAACGGACAAAUUCCAUUCCACAUUUGCUCCGUGGAAUAGAAAGUUUCUAAAGCUUUGGGGUUUUAGAGAUAACCUUUUUCACAACCUCCGUCAGGGGUGGGUUGCUGGUGGUUUUACUACUGGUUCGCAACCUGCGCCUGUGCACUAUUCAAUGUCAAUUGUUCUUCGCCCAUGCGCAGAACAAUUUGCAGUGAACUGCGCACGGGCAGUCACUAAAAAUCCAAAAUGGCGGCCCAGCGGCGGGAAGGGAACCAGUUUGCGGGCGUGGCAGGCCUGGCUCGCUGCCGGUUCUGCGACCCAGGCCUGAAUUCCGCGACUGGGAAUUCACAACUGGCUUGCUGGGGUUUUUAUUUUGAUUUGGCUGAAACCUACAGUUGCAAAUAAAUGUUUUAAACAGAAAUUCUUACACGGUAAUGGUCCUUUAAGAUUAAGGGUUGUGUUUUAAAGGUAUUCGGAUGGAGGCACAUAUAGUUUUAUGCGUUGUGGGAGUGAUGUCUUUGGAAUUGACCUGUG